AUGAGACGCAGAGUGAAACGUUGGAAAUCCGCUCCAUCACGUCCUCACAACAAAGUUGGCGAUGCUGCUGUUUUGUACAAAACGCUGAAGGUUAAACUCGUCGAAGACGAAGAUAAAUCUAGAAUCGAGGAUUUUGACCUAUUCCCGCCUACAUGUUCAUCAUCGGAAGACCAUGAUCGUAUCUCUCCUCCAAAUGAGCCAACUUUCAAAAUACAAGAACCGUCCGAUGAUUUCGUACGUUUCCGAGGCAACAGUCUAGGCAGCGCGGUCCGCGAAUUAUCACCUCGUCGUGAAAUCCAGCUCAACCAUAUAUCCUAUAACGGUCCCGAAAAAUCAGCUGAUGCUCCUAUUUUGUCAGCACUACCACCUCGUGCUCCUAUACGAAAUGGCAUAGCUACUGCUUCAUUACGUUCCCGACCACCUCCUCCACCAUACACUGCCGGUGGUCGGCAGAAGCCACCACCAUAUCCUGGACGAAAUACCGCAACAAGCAAUUCAUCUGCAUGCUCAACACCAUUACCAUCCUCGUUCGUGCCACAAUCCGCUUCAACCCCGAAAAGCGAUAAGGGAUCACCUGUGAAGGAAUGCGAUCGUCCCGUUGUUGCAGAAGGCGAGAAGAGAACUUUUGUCAGAGAGAAGAGCGAAUUCUGUAAUUUCGGCCCAAGUAUUAUUAAGCCGAGCAAAUCUCAUCCUGCUCAUGGUGCAGUUGCGCACCAUGCAGCAAAUUUGGGAAAGCGAAAUAUUAUUUGUCAAAGAGCUCAGUAG